AUGUCAAGUGCUGGCUCUUCAAGCUCAUCUCCGAACGUUGGAAAAGAGUAUCAUUCUGAUAAUCAGAACACCUAUAAUAUGGAUACCUUGGCCGAAACACAUACAAAUAAUACCAAAGUAGAUCAGCCACCAAUAAAAACUACUACAAAUAACAAGAAAAACUACAGCAACGGUAACGAAGAAUCCUUUACAUAUCUAUCGGACAACAUGAUAACAAGAGUAGAAUCAUUUGCUGAUGCAUUAUCACGGCAUACAACAAGAAGUGGCUCAUUCAAUACAGACUCUGAUGACGGAUUCAAUAUAGAAGCCAUUUUUAGUAGAUUUGUCAGAGAUGCUGAUGAACAAGGUAUCCAUUUAAGAAAGUCUGGUGUAACCUUGGAAGGUGUAGGAGCUCAGGGAUUAGACACUUCUGCCUUAGAAGGAUCUACUUUUGGAAGUUUUCUUAUGUUGCCUUACACCAUUUACAAAAAGUUCAAAGCAAAAAAGCGAAUGAAAAUGAGACAGAUAAUAAGGAAUUGUUAUGCGUUAGCGGAACCAGGUGAAAUGAUCUUGGUGCUAGGUAGACCUGGUGCCGGUUGUUCCUCACUUUUGAAAACAAUUGCAGGUGAAAUAGAUCAGUUCGCAGGCGGCGUAGAAGGUGAAAUGACAUAUGAUGGUAUUUCCCAAAAGGAAAUGAUGCAGAAGUUCAAAGGUGAUGUGAUAUAUAAUGGCGAACAAGACGUUCAUUUUCCACAUAUUACCGUCCAACAAACUUUAGAUUUCGCCAUCGCGUGUAAAACUCCAGCAAGGCGAGUUAACAAUGUCUCUAGAGAAGAAUAUAUUGUUUCAACAAGAGAUUUGUAUGCUACAAUAUUCGGUUUAAGACACACAUACAAUACUAAAGUUGGAAAUGAAUACGUCAGAGGUAUAUCUGGUGGUGAACGUAAACGUGUUUCCAUUGCAGAAGCUUUAGCUGCUAAUGGUUCCAUCUAUUGUUGGGAUAAUGCUACGAGAGGGUUAGAUGCUUCAACCGCAUUGGAAUAUGCAAAGGCUAUACGAAUAAUGACAAACCUAUUACAUUCAACAGCAUUUGUUACUAUAUACCAGGCAAGUGAAAAUAUUUACGAGACAUUCGAUAAAGUUUUGGUAUUAUGCCAAGGAAAAGAAAUUUAUUAUGGCCAUAUUGAAAAUGCUAAGGCAUAUUUUGAAAAAAUGGGAUAUGAUUGUCCACCUAGACAAGCGACGGCAGAAUUCUUAACGGCAAUAACUGAUCCAAACGGUUAUCAUAAAAUCAAACCUGGGAUGGAAUCUAAGGUUCCUAGAAAUUCAGAAGAACUAGAAGCAUACUGGAUGAACUCCGUUGAGUUCGUUAAAUUGAAGGAAGAUAUCUCGAGAUAUAAGGAAGAUGUUGAUACAGAAAAUACAAGGAAUUUAUAUAAAGAUUCCAUGGCUGAUGAGAAAUCUAGGUUUACAAGAAGAAAAUCACGCUAUAAUACAUCUUAUUGGGAACAAGUAAGAUUAUGCACUAUCCGUGGCUUUCAAAGAGUUUAUGGAAAUAAGUCAUACACUGUCAUCAAUAUUUGCGCAGCCGUUAUUCAAGCUUUCAUUAUAGGAUCUCUAUUCUAUAAUUCUCCAUCAACAGCUCAAGGUGCGUUUUCAAGAGGUGGUAUUUUAUACUUUAUGUUAUUAUACUACUCGUUAAUGGGAUUAGCAAAUAUAUCGCUAGAAGAAAGACCAAUCUUACAAAAGCACAAAGGUUAUUCGUUAUACCAUCUUUCUGCAGAACCCCUGGGAAGCAUGCUAGCUGGAUUUCCUUUUCGGAUGAUUGGGUUGACGCUUUUCCUUAUCAUUAUAUUUUUCUUGACUAAUUUGCAUCGUACUCCAAGUGCAUUUUUCAUAAUUUACAUGUUCUUAACUAUGUGCUCAGAAGCAAUUAAUGGUUUGUUCCAGAUGGUGACAUCAGGUUGCGAUACGUUAGCACAGGCAAAUUCAAUUACAGGUGUCUUUAUGUUAGCUAUCUCCUUAUACUCCACUUAUAUGAUUCAAUUACCUUCCAUGCAUCCGUGGUUCCAAUGGAUGUCAUAUGUUAUUCCUAUCAGAUACGCUUUCGAAUCCAUGUUGAAUGCUGAGUUCCAUGGGAGGCAUAUGGAUUGUGGUGGUACGCUAGUCCCCACUGGUCCAGGAUAUGAAAAUGUUGCUGAUGACAAUAAAGUCUGCGCUUUUGUUGGUUCUGAACCUGGUCAAUCAUGGGUUCUCGGUGACAACUAUCUAAGAAAGCAAUUUCAAUAUGAAUACAAACAUACAUGGAGAAACUUUGGUAUAAUGUGGUGCUUUCUAAUAGGAUUUGUUGUGAUUAGAGCAGUGAUCACAGAACAUAAACGUCCCAUGCAAGGUGGAGGUGAUGCUUUAGUAUUUAAAAAAGGUUCAGAAAGUUUUAGAGUGAUUGCUGCAGAUGAAGAAUCAUCUGAAAGUUCUAACAAUGUAGAUCUAAAGGAAAUGUAUUAUAGCAGUAACUCGGCAGAGGGAGAAGCUGUUUUUGAAGGUCUUGAAUCAAGAGGUGUUUUUAUUUGGAAAGAAAUUUUGUAUACAAUACCAUACGAGGGAACACAAAGGAAACUUUUGGAUAAUAUAUCUGGUUACUGUAUUCCUGGUACUAUGACUGCCUUAAUUGGUGAAUCUGGUGCUGGUAAGACAACUUUAUUAAAUACCUUAGCUCAGAGAAAUGAAAUUGGUGUUGUCACUGGUGAUAUUUUGGUUAAUGGCCGGCCCAUUGACUCAAGUUUCGAGAGACGUACCGGUUACGUACAACAGCAAGAUAUUCACAUUGCAGAACUAUCGGUUAGAGAAUCCUUACAAUUUUCAGCACGUAUGCGACGUCCAGAAAGUGUACCAGAUGAAGAGAAGAUGGCUUAUGUUGAAAAAAUAAUUCAAGUUCUAGAUAUGGAAGAAUAUGCUGAAGCACUUGUUGGCGCAAUUGGCUAUGGUUUAAACGUGGAACAAAGGAAAAAACUAUCUAUUGGUGUAGAAUUGUGUGCCAAGCCAGAUCUUCUGUUAUUUUUGGAUGAACCUACCUCUGGUUUAGACUCGCAAUCUUCCUGGGCCAUAAUUCAAUUACUAAAACGGUUAACACAUGCAGGCCAAUCAAUUCUAUGCACUGUCCAUCAACCUUCUGCAACAUUAUUUGAACAAUUUGAUAGACUACUACUACUGAGAAAAGGUGGUCAAACUGUUUAUUUCGGUGACAUUGGUGAAAAUUCUGAAAUUUUAUUGAGUUAUUUUGAAAGGAAUAGUGCCAGAAAAUGUAGCCCCAAGGAAAACCCUGCUGAAUAUAUAUUAGAAAUUAUUGGUGCAGGUGCUACGGCAUCUAUUAAAGAGGAUUGGCAUUCAAUAUGGAAAAAUUCCUCGGAGUACAAAGAGGUCACGAAUGAAGUGACGUCUUUGAUUGAAGAAUUGAGGGAAAAACCAGAUGAAGCACAUAUUGGUAAAAGUCCUUCAAAAUUUGCGACGUCUUAUAAAUAUCAAUUUGUGUAUGUUCUUAGAAGAACAGCUAUAACGUUUUGGAGAAAUUUGAAUUAUAUUAUGUCAAAAUUCAUGCUGUUUACAGUAGGAGGUCUGUAUGUUGGAUUUACAUUUUUCGAUGUUGGAACUAGUUAUACAGGUCUACAGAACGCCAUGUUUGCUGCGUUUAUUUCCAUUAUAAUGUCAGCACCCGCUAUGAAUCAAAUCCAAGGUCGUGCUAUAGCCGCAAGAGAUCUAUAUGAAGUAAGAGAAUCUAAGUCUAACAUGUUCCAUUGGUCGCUAUUGUUAAUUACCCAAUUCUUAAAUGAAUUACCAUAUCAGCUUGUAUUUUCGACUAUUUUCUUCGUGUCGUCAUAUUUCCCAUUGAGAAUAUUUUUUGAAGCUUCUCGGUCUGGUGUUUAUUUUUUGAAUUACUGUAUCGUAUUCCCACUCUAUUUUGUUGGAUUUGGUUUAAUGGUUCUUUAUAUGGCUCCAAAUUUACCAUCUGCUAAUGUAUUAUUGGGACUCGCAUUAUCCUUUUUAAUUGCGUUCUGUGGUGUUACUCAACCACCUUCUCUUAUGCCGGGAUUCUGGCGUAGAUUUAUGUGGAGGACAUCACCAUACACGUACUACGUUCAAAAUCUUGUCGGUAUUAUGCUUCAUAAAAAACCAGUAAUUUGCAGUGAAAAGGAACUAAAUUACUUUGCACCGCCAAGUGGACAGACAUGUGGCGAAUAUAUGGAACCUUUUUUAUCCAGAGCGACUGGUUACAUUACAGAUCCAGCAUCGACAAGUAAUUGCUCCUAUUGUCUUUACAAAGUUGGUGAUGAGUAUCUAACGCGGAUGGAAUCAUCUUACAGUUAUUUAUGGAGAAACUUCGGAAUAUUUUGGAUCUAUAUCAUUUUCAAUCUUUUUGGUAUGAUUGCUGUUUACUAUAUUUUCCAUGUGAAAAAGCUUUCCAUUUUCCGUCUUAGACUGGUCAAGAAGUUUUUGGAUAAAAUAAGAGGCAUCGCUCCUGAAGAGUUUGAUUGA